ACCCUAGCUGGUUCCCACGCACACACCCCCCUCCAUCUCCCCAACGCCGCCACUCUCCUUCCUGUCUCCCCACUCGAGCAGGGCAGAUCACAAUUCCAUUCCACUCGAGCUCGAGCAGUGCCGCCAGCUCCUCUCGUCUCCUAGCCAAGCUUGCCAUCUCGGCGGUCGGAUCUCGAGCUUGUGCACUCAAGAAGCCCUAUCAUCUCCAGCCAAGUAGCCAUGGUCCGUCACCAGCCAGCAACCACCAUCGUCAUUCGUUCGAGAUCUAGCCGCCAUCGACAGUUUUGGCGUGGCCACCGCCGCAGCUCCGAGAUCCGACCGUCGGGAGUUCGGGCAUGGCCACCACCAUGGCUCUGAGAUCUGGCCACAUCUGCUUCAUGGGCGUUCGUGUAGGCGCUGCUCGAUGCGUCGGUAAGUUGCAGCGGAGGUCGCGGCGUGAUGGUGCAUUGCAGGUGGACAUUGACGCCGAGGUGGAGGUCGCGGUCGCGGGACAGCCCAAGAAGAGGACGUUCCGCAAGGACAGCUACCGCAGUGUGGACCUCAACGUGCUCCUCGACAUGUCCACCAAUGACCUCUCCAGCUCUUAUCCGUCCGUGCCUGCCGAAGUUCCACAGGGUCUGAAGAGGAAGCCGAUGGUUCUCAUCAAGAGUCUGCGUACGAUGGUUCCCAUUGCGUUCUAUAAGUUCAAUACUGGGAUGUUAGAAUGUGUGAUUUUUGCAGUCUAAUGUUGAGUGCAUAUAGAAGCUAAGGAAUAGAUGCUAUGGGUGUAGUUUCAGACGUGUUUUGUUCACAGGAUAGAUGGUAAGUAUAACUUAAAAUGGUUCUGUAUUUUUCAGCUUUUAUUAUCCUCCAGCAGAACCUGUUCAUACUUGCAGUAGUGAUGGUUUACUUGAGGUGUAUCAAUAAUUUUGUAGCAAACAGUGUUAGAUUAUUAGUAGGAAAUGUAAGAUUUUACUAUAAGUGCAGUGCCAUGCGUUAUAGCAACUGUAUGAUCUGAAUGUUAAUUUUAAACUUACUGUUUGAAAUAGAGUCAUUAUUUAUUGAUUUGAAGAUUGUUUUUUGUUUAAUGCAGUUGCUAUAAGUACAUACCAAUUUAUCAGAUUGAAAUUCAAAUGCAUGGUAUGGACUAUCUACAUCAUGUCAUCUAUAUCUCUAACUAUGUUUUGUCUACAUUAAUUUGUUCCCUCCUAAUUUUGUUUGAAGGUGCUUCUACUGUUGGUCUCUGCGUACAUUGUCAUGGUGACUGCUCUUCAAUUGAGAAGACGUAGUCAGUGACCAGGAUGGAUUGUGGGAUUCAAGCUUCUUGUAUGUGCGUGCAGCGUGUACAUGUUUAGCAAAUAGAGGCUUUGCUCGACUGUCUUUUUCUCUAUGGCAGUGGUUGUGUGUGUGGUGGUAUUUUAUUCUGUUUCUAGCUAGGUACCAAGAGCUUGGCAGUGGCUGCUGUGUAGUAGGAGCGCUGCAAUUAGUAAAGCUGACCAGGCUGAGAACUGAAACUACUUCCUUGUUCUGUGCACAGUUCAUGAGUUUAAUUGGGAAUAUAUUAUGUAAUUGGCUUUGUAAAUUAUUAUUUGUGAUAAUUAUUUAAAUGGGCUCGGUUCACUA